CGUGUCGGGAGGCCUGUCUUUAGUCCACAUCAAGCACUGUACCUGUGCAUCUAGAUUGAUUGUUUACCUGGAGACGAGACGUUGUUUAUCAACAAGGUUUUUUUAGAUCAAUGUCUGGCGCGUGGUAAGGAUGGAUGUCAUUCUGUUGUGUGUCGUUGGCCUGUUCAUCCUCACUCUGGUAUUAUUCUGGCUCUCCGAUGCUGAUCCAAUUCUGCUGUUCUGUGACAAGUUCGGAAAAUCUCCUGCAAGCCUUGCUGGUAAGGUGAUCUGGAUCACUGGAGCAUCAAGUGGAAUUGGGGAAUAUCUUGCCUACGAAUUGGCUCAGAAUGGGUGCAAACUAAUCUUAUCUGCCAGGAGGCCUCAAGAGCUGGAGAGGGUAAAAAAAGCAUGCUUAGGCAAGUCAAGUCUAGCUGAUGGUGAUAUCAUGGUUCUUCCACUUGAUGUACUAGACUUUGACAAUCAUCCAAGACAAGUAGAAGUUGUUUUAAAAUACUUCAAAAAGAUUGAUAUUCUUGUGAACAAUGCUGGCCGUUCCCAGAGAUCCGAGUUCCUACAGAUGCCACUCGCUGUCCAUCGUGAGAUGCUGGAGUUGAAUGUAUUAAGUGUAAUAUCGUUGACCAAGGCUGUCCUUCCUCACAUGUUAGAACGUAAACAGGGACAAAUCGUAGUCACAAGUAGUAUCGCUGGAAAAAUAGGUGUUCCAUUCUCGGCCACUUACUCGGCAACAAAACAUGCACUUCAGGGUCUGUUAUUCGCCUUACAAUCUGAGUUGACUGGGACAAACAUUGCUGUCUCCAUCGUGUGUCCUGGGUCGGUGAUAUCAGGGAUCGUGAGGAAUGCAUUUACAUCAAAGCCAGGAGAGGCUUAUGGAAUAGACAUUCCGGAUGAAUCUAUGGCAACAGAGAGAUGUGCUCAUCUGACAGUGGUUGCCAUUGCAAAUCGUCUGCUGGAAGUCUGGAUUGCCAGACAGCCACAGCUGUUGGUCUGUUAUAUGUUCACCCACUUUCCAGUCGUGACAGUAAGAUUAAUCCAGAUGUUCGGCAUGAAGAGAUUUUCGAAAUUUUGGAAGCCUAAAGCAAAGCCACCAAACGCCUGAGACCCAUCUCACCAAAAUGGGUAGUUGGAUGCAUUUGGGACAGCUUCAUUUUGAUGCCGUCUUGGUAUCUUUUGUGGUGCUUGGGAUGCUAAUAAAUAUAUUUGGAGAAAACAGCAAGAUUUUUUAUAACAAUAUUGAGAAAAUCAAGGCUAUUCUCUUUGAAAUGCUUCAUAAAAAUUGUUUUGAAUUGUCUAUUAAGCUGAAUGUAAUUAGAGUUGGUUGACUGCAUACCUAUACGUGUAUCUGGUGUUCAUGAAGCUAUUAUGCCUUAAUUUGAAAUUGGACAAAAAUUUACAGAAUUUUAUAUUGUCCAUGAUUGUUCAAUAAUAGGCCUGGUGAUGUACUGCCUAAUUUCGUAUCGGAAUGAAAUAAUCAAGUCAGUAAUGUACACCAUAAUCCUACAAGUUUCAUUGUACAUUCAUGCAAUUAUUAGGUGCUAUGGUUUAAAUAAAGAUUUA